GUGAAGGAGAAUGAGAUGCACGUGAAAGAGAGUAGCAAGCCCUGUUGUAGCCAUAAGUCAAAGGGAGGGGGUGACAUGGCCGUCCCACCUGCGUACUCUGACCUUGGCAAGGCUGCCAAAGAUAUCUUCAGCAAGGGUUAUGGCUUUGGAACUGUAAAACUGGACCUUAAGACGAAAGCCCAGAGUGGAGUUAUGGAGUUUUCCACUGGAGGCUCUAGUAAUACAGACACAGGGAAGGCAUCUGGUAAUCUGGAGACUAAGUACAAGGUGAACGAACUUGGCCUGACUUUCAACCAAAAGUGGAACACAGACAACACUCUGACCACAGAGGUCACUCUGGAGGACCAGCUGGCUAAAGGGCUGAAGCUAGCGCUUGAUACCUCCUUUGUGCCCAACACUGGAAAGAAGAGUGCUAAGCUGAAGACGGGGUAUAAGAGGGACUAUGUGAAUGUAGGCUGUGAUAUAGAUUUUGAUCUGGCUGGGCCCACAGUGCACGCUGCCGCUGUGUUAGGUUAUGAGGGAUGGUUAGCAGGCUACCAGAUGGCUUUCGACACAGCCAAGUCCAAACUGGCCCAAAACAACUUUGCCCUGGGCUACAAGGCUGGUGACUUCCAGCUGCACACCAACGUUAAUGACGGUACUGAGUUUGGAGGCUCUAUCUAUCAGAAAGUGAAUGAUCAGUUGGAGACAGCUGUAAAUCUGGCCUGGACGGCUGGCAGCAAUAACACACGCUUCGGAAUCGCUGCAAAAUACCAGCUGGACAAAGAUGCAUCUCUCUCUGCUAAAGUGAACAAUGCAAGUCUGGUUGGUGUGGGAUACACACAGGCUCUACGACCAGGAGUGAAGCUUACUCUUUCUGCUCUGAUUGAUGCAAAGAACUUCAACGCCGGCGGACACAAAGUUGGCUUGGGCUUUGAGCUAGAGGUCUAAUGAAGAGGGAACUGAUGGAGGACAAGAAAGAAGAGAGGAAAAAAGGAGAAAGAACCUAGAAAAGAAAAUACCACUCCAAAGUCUGCAGAAACACAACUCAAUCCAUCCCCUCCCCUUCUUAUCUCUGUUUGCA